UCAAAAAUUUAUUGUGAUUGUGGUUUAGCAUUUCAAGGUGGCCUUGGGAGAAUUAUUGGCGGUACACGAGCUGAAACAAAUAAAUAUCCAUGGUAUGGUGCGCUAAUGUUAAAAAAAUCAAAUAAAGUAAACUGUGGAGCAACAUUGAUAACAAAUUUUCACCUUCUAACCGCUGCUCAUUGUUAUUUUGGGUAUUUUGACCAUAACGAUUUAUACAAUGUAAUAAUAGGAGUAUAUAAUAUUUGUGAAAUACCUAAUCCGGCCCAAGUAUUUGGUACUGCUGAAGUGAUAAUACAUGAAAAUUAUGCAUAUCAACAACCAUUUUUUGAUAUUGCAAUAAUACGCACAGAUCGUUCUGCACUUUUGUUUCCAAAAAUAUGUUUACCAUCAAAUUCUGUGCAAGUAACCCCUGUUACUGAAGUAAUUGGAUUUGGUAUGACUUCACCAACAUCUGAGAAAUUAUCGUGUGCAUUACAAGUAGCUCCUGUAACUAUAUACACACGGCAAGAAUGUUUGAAUCAGUCCAAAUUAACAAGGCAAGACGUUGCAUCUGGAACAUUUUGUGCAGGAAAUCUAGCUGGUAAAACAGAUACAUGUCAGGGAGAUAGCGGUGGACCAUUAGUUUACAGAGUAAAUGGACGAUAUUAUUUAUUAGGUAAACCUAGUUGUUUAUAG